GAAUUUAUUUUAUUCUGACUAAUUUUUUCCUAUAAUUUUAUAACCAAUUUUUUCCUAGUUUGUUCUUACGCGAUAAAGGAUUUCUGUAUAUUGUUUAGGUUUUAAUCCUAUAUGCUUGGUAGUUUAAUUAUUUACACUGUAUCACAAAUCGUUUCGGAAAGAAGAAAACUUGAACUGGCCUAUUUCUUGCGUGUACCAAUUGAUGUAUUUUGAGAAGUGUGCUGUUCAGGUUGUUGGGUUAGGUAGUGGAGAUGAGGCGGCAAGGACAUUAUGGUGAUUCGGGUGGCAAUGCAUAUGUUGCUGCUCGGAUGCAGCAUGUGUCUUCUGGUCAAAGGAUGGAACACAGGUCUGGUGGUUAUUACCAAGGACGGCCAGAACCCUUGACCUCUGAGAAGGAGCAUCCUUAUGGAAUUUCCAAAGCAGAGGGACAAUUGAGGUGGGAAAGAGAUGGAUCGAAGAUACCAAAUCCAAUGUCAUCCCAUAUGUUCAAUGAAGGUCAAGGGGGUGAUGCAUCUAGAUCCUAUUACCAGGGCCAAAGGCCAGAUCCAAAAAUGGGUUCAGAGAAACAAGGCAACAAUGAUCGCAGAUCUCAGCCUCAUGAAGAAGAUAUGGAUGUUGGUUAUGACGAUAAUGUCCUCUUGCAGACUUUUGACGGUCUUGAGCAGAAAUUCCUGGAUGAUAUUAUGAAACUGACAAAGGAUCAAACUGAUGCAGAGGAUGCAGAAAAUGCUAGGCAUAGGGAGAGAAUAAACACAAUUAACGCUCAAUAUCAAGAACAGCUAGCAGCACUUCGAGCUCGGCACACCAGUCGUCGGGAUGAGUUCCUUCGGAGAGAAUCUCAUGAACGACAACAGCAAUACCAGCAGGCUGCAAUGGAUCACUACCCUAACAGUGGCAUGGGUCCCAGUGAGUCUCAUGGUUACGGUUUAGCUGCAACCCCUACCGGAGAACUACAACGAUCAUAUAGUGAUGAUCAUUAUGAUUCGUACAGAGAGCGGGCUCGAUUUCUUGGGAGCACCAGGGAUCAAGAAAUUGAGUCGAGAGGUCCAUAUCCUGGGGGGCGUGUUUAUGAUACCAGCUCGCGGUAUUACUGAUUUUGGUGCAUAGCGUAUAAUAUAAGGUUUCUCUACAUACUUGAUCUUCCCCAGGUUAUGCUUUUGCUGUUUAGGUUGAUUUUCUAAUAUAAGGCUUCAUGCUGAUCACUCUUCCAUAUAUUUUUUGGCUGAUUUCAUGCUGAUCACUGUCUGUUUGUAAUGCUCUUAGCAUAUGGAAAAUAAGAUCUAGUUAUUAAGGGUGGUAUGUUAUUUCUAA